UCAUGGUACAAUUUCGAGCUCAGCCAUGUUGUGGUUUUGAAUGAGGAAGAAGCGGGAGAGGUUAUCGUUUAGUGAGUUUAUACACCGUAUUUUUGUAUUUGAAGUAUUACAUUGCGUUAUUUUUGGCCCCUUGAUUAAUUAAGAAACAUCAAUUGCAUUGUAGAAUGUGGUACUAGUGAUUAAACUCAGUCAAGUGCGGAUUAAAAUCCUAGUAGCUAAAGCCACAUACAACAAGCUUGUUAGCUAGCUAGUUUAGCUAACCAGUUUUCAACCUGGUUAGCUGUGCGAGCUAAAUAACUAACUCAUUUCAAGGGAAGGGGAAGGUAACCUGAUUAGUAGUGUUGGUCAACUAGCUACGAUUUACUUGCCCCGGCCGAAUGACGUUGGGUGGCUUUAUGUGCUUUUGGCUGCGCUGGCAGGCAGGUUGGAAGCAACCAUAUGGAUACCUUUUUUUCGCGGGCGGGAGGUUUUAAACUUCUCUAGCUAAACAUGUUCAAUAAAUUUUACGAAUGGAUUGGAACGGGCUUCGCUAAUCUCCGCUACGGUCUGCCAGCUCCCGACCAACAGGAUAACGUUGAUACACAUGGAAUACAACAACGGCGUCCGAUCAGGAGAAAAAGACCCAUCGAAUGUUUGGAGGACAGAGAGGCUGUUGACCAUGAUGACCAAGCCCUAGCAGUGAAGAAAUUCCAGAUGGGGGAUCUUGUUGAUACAGUAAAGACUGCGGCUGAAGGGGUGAAGAGCCAUAGUGCCGAUGUGGCUUCGUGGGUACGGAACAGUGUGACCCCUACCUUGAGGAACAUACUGCCUGCUUCCCCUGGUCCUCUAGAAGAACACCCAGGAGAAGAGCCCCAACUGGAGCCCUCAACCUUUGCACCCCCUCCCUCAAUUGUCUGGGAAGAAACUGAGGUCCUCGAGGUGAGGAACUCUACUCCUCUGGAUGGGACUGUUGUUGCUCCCUCAACAACUCUGAAAUGGAAAAGCUCUAAAUCAGAGUCCUAUAUAUUUGAGAAGUCGAUGGUGGGAUCGACGGUCUGCAGACGGAAAGUUUCCAUGGCUCUUACACAUCGUGAAGCACCCAAAACAAAUGGGCACUCUGUCAGUCAGCCUCCUUCCUCCAGCAGCACCUCUAAGCCAUGUCCCUCUCCCCACCUGGGAAGGACCCACUUCAGAACACCUACAUCAAAUAGGCGGUUUACCUCAGCAGGGUUAGGUACAGGAAGCGGCUCCAUCACCAGCAUGCAUGAGAAGACCUUCCCUAUCCGCGUGGUGCAGAGUCCUUCACACGGCAGCUCCUCCUACCGCCUCCUCAGAGCCAGGGCUCGCUGCACUGCACAAGAGUCUGUCCGUGAGGAGGAGAAGGAGGUGUACAGACAGCUACUGGCCAUGGUCUCAGGUGGACAGUCCUCCUCGUGUCACAACGGCAGCUCCCAUGGCUUUCCGCACUCACACAGAGACUUCACCAGCUUCCUGAAUACCAGCAGACGUCUGGUCCAGUGUUCGUCCCCUGCCGGGUCAGGCGAUGCCUCACGGGGCCCCAGUCGACCCCCAAGCCCCCGUCCAGAGUCCAGCCAGGGGUACAGCAACGUCCCCAGCCCAGGUGAGGGCUCCUCCAGUGGGGCAGGGGACCAGCCAUGGGCCUCUGACUCAGACCUCAGCCCCAGGGGACAAGAGCCAGUACAGUCUGCCCCUUUCCCAGUUACCAUACUGGACACCUGUUCUCAGGACUCACAAUCAUCAGCUCAUGAUGGGGACUCCAUAAUCAUUGUGAAAGAGCAGAAGGGCAAAAGGCCAGACAGUUCAAGCGUACCAUGCUUCCAAGCUGAGCUCUGGAUCAAAGAAUUGUCUAGCAUGUACGACUUCCGUGCCCGGGAGAGACUGAGGCAGAUAGAGGGGCAGGAGGCUCUAACUGCUCAGCUGCUGCGACAGCGUAUCUCGGAUGACGGCCAGCUGGGCCACAGGGCUGUGGAGCUGCAUGUUAGAGUCCCUCUGGAGAAGGAGGUUCCUCUGGCUCCCUUCAUAGAGGAACCCAAACCCACAGAGGAGAAACCAGAGUUCCCUGAGCUCACUGAGGAUAUGGAGGGGGAGGUGGGCCGGGCGCUGACGGUAGGCAGCCAGGAUGAGGUGCUUAGUGAAGGCUUCAGACUCACCAUCACACGCAAAGACCUCCAGACCCUCAGCCACCUCAACUGGCUCAAUGAUGAGGUGAUCAACUUCUACAUGAACCUGCUGGUGGAGCGCAGUAAGGAUCCCAGCCUGCCGACGGUCCACACCUUCAACACCUUCUUUUUCCCCAAGCUACGCAGCGCAGGCUACUCUGCCGUACGCCGCUGGACCAAAAAGAUGGACAUCUUCUCAAUGGACGUCAUACUGGUGCCUGUCCACCUGGGGGUGCACUGGUGCCUCUCUGUAGUGGAUCUCCGUAAGAAGAGUAUCACAUACUUUGAUUCAAUGGGAGGGAACAAUGACGAAGCCUGCAGGAUACUGCUGCAAUAUCUGCAGCAGGAAAGCAAGGACAAGAAGGGCAAAGACCUGGAUACCGCAGAAUGGACUGUGCAGAGCAAGAAACGCCAUGAGAUUCCUCAGCAGAUGAACGGAAAUGACUGUGGAAUGUUCACAUGUAAAUAUGCAGAGUACGUCACCAAAGACAAGCCAAUCACAUUCACACAAAAACACAUGCCCUACUUCAGGAGACGCAUGGUCUGGGAGAUAUUGAAUCGGAAACUGUUGUGAUGAAAUCGUGGAGAGAUUUUUGAACUGAUAGCUACAGUUUGCUCAAGGGGAGGUGUCUGCAAUGAUGAUGGUGCCUAAGACGCUGUGGCUGUUAAGCUGGAGGAGGAUUCAGCUGGUCCACUCCUGGGUGGGAAAGACUCAGAACAGGGACCUAUGACAUUAAUCUGGUGGCGCUCUGACCCCCUCCCCCCACACACAAGUCCAAUCCAGUGGAGGAUUUGACUUGAAAGGAGGAAUGGAAUGGAAAAGCACUACCUCAUCUCAGUGCUUUAUGUUGUGGUCCACUCUCACAAGUUGGGAAGUCUGGGGUCAUUUUGUAUCACCCAGCAACGUUUGAGUUGGUGUUGUUUUCAAUAACCAAUCAUACUCAUCAGAACUUCUGUCUAGUGAAGUUGGACCAACCAGUAUUUUGUCACUGAUAUUUUUGUAAACGACGUAAGUACAGCUCAAAGAAAGAUUGGUGUUCUGACGCUGACACCUUAUUUUUCUAUAGUGUAUGGUUCACACCCAUACCUGGUUCACACCCAUACCUGGUUCACACCCAUACCUGGUUCACACCCAUACCUGGUUCACACCCAUACCUGGUUCACACCCAUACCUGGUUCACACCCAUACCUGGUUCACACCCAUACCUGGUUCACACCCAUACCUGGUUCACACCCAUACCUGGUUCACACCCAUACCUGGUUCACACCCAUACCUGGUUCACACCCAUACCUGGUUCACACCCAUACCUGGUUCACACCCAUACCUGGUUCACACCCAUACCUGGUUCACACCCAUACCUGGUUCACGGUUCACACCCAUACCUGGUUCACGGUUCACACCCAUACCUGGUUCACGGUUCACACCCAUACCUGGUUCACGGUUCACACCCAUACCUGGUUCACGGUUCACACCCAUACCUGGUUCACGGUUCACACCCAUACCUGGUUCACGGUUCACACCCAUACCUGGUUCACACCCAUACCUGGUUCACGGUUCACACCCAUACCUGGUUCAUGGUUCACACCCAUACCUGGUUCACGGUUCACACCCAUACCUG